UAAUGAUUGGUCUAUCUAUUUGUUUCUCUUAUGCAGCACUUUGGAUGAAGCAAAGCUAAAGGAAAAAGGAAGAACUUUUCAUGAUCUGUUCCUGACCAAGUUGUCAUUGCUACUGAAAGGGACAGUUGUUGCGCCUCCGGAAAAAUUUGGGGAAACACUGCAGGAUGAAAGGGUUAAUGGAGGAGCAUUUGUUGGCACUGAUGGUCUUCAGUUCCCGCAAAAGCUGAUACCUAAUGCGGGGAUGCGUCUUUAUGGGGGUGCACAAUAUCAUCGUGCAAUGGCUGAAUUCCGUUUUGUGGUUGGAGGAAUCAAAUGUCCUCCAAUUACAAGGGAAGAAAUUGUUAAUGCAUGUGGGGUUGAAGAUAUUCAUGAUGGAACAAACUAUUCAAGAACUGCUUGUGUGAUAGCUGUUGCAAAGGCUCGAGAUACAUUUGAACCUUUUCUUCAUCAGUUGGGCUGUCGGUUGUUGCACAUAUUGAAAAGGUUGCUUCCAAUCUCUGUCUUUCUUCUUCAGAAAGAUGGUGAAUAUCUAAGUGGCCAUGAGGUGUUUCUCCGGCGUGUUGCUUCGGCCUUCAACAAUUUUGCUGAAUCCACUGAAAGAGAAUGCCAUGAAAAAUGCAUGGAAGACUUAGUGAGCACCACCCGUUAUGUCACUUGGUCUCUCCACAAUAAGAAUCGGGCUGGACUACGUCAAUUCUUAGACUCAUUUGGUGGAACAGAACAGUCUGCGGCAAGUGGUAAUUCUAUAUCUGCUGGUGUUGCUCAGGAGUCAUCUUUUGGGUCUGUUACAAAUGACAAGCAGGACAUUAAGCCAAAGGCAGAUGUGAAACUAAGUCAUUUGGCAUCAGGCAUUGACUCAGCAACUUGUGCUCAGACAACAGAAACAAGGCUGGCUGAUCUUUUAGAUAACACCCUUUGGAAUCGAAGGCUUGCUCCUUCAUCAGAAAGGAUUGUAUAUGCUUUGGUACAACAGAUAUUCCAUGGCAUAAGAGAAUAUUUCUUGGCAUCUGCAGAACUAAAGUUCAACUGUUUUCUUCUAAUGCCAGUUGUAGACAAGUUGCCUGCACUCCUCCGGGAGGACCUUGAAUCUGCUUUUGAAGAUGAUUUAGAUAAUGUUUUUGACAUCACCAACCUGCGACACUCAUUAGGAGUGCGAAAGCGAGAUACAGAGAUUGAGCUGAAACGGAUACAGAGGCUUAAGGAGAAAUUCAGACAGAUACAUGAGCAGCUUUGUUUGCAUCAGGUUAUGUCUAAGUUGCCACCAGUUUCUGUAUCACAUUAGGGUUUCUUUUUAAUGAAUCUUUUCUUCUCAACUGAAUCCUGAUUGGUAACCAUCUGCAAGCGAUCUUGGAGAUAUCAUGAGUGACAAACAUUUCUCGGUUCCAACCAGUUUCCAUUUCUUUUUUGUUCUAUACUUUAUUUGUUAUCUCAGCAUGUUGUCCUUGUUAUUCCUUGUUACAAGUCUAUGAGGGAUAUUAUCAUAUAAUGGUCACUCUUCUAAUGAGUAAGCUUUCCUCAAACCAGUGUAUUCAAUUUAAAAAUCUUCUUUUGGGUA